GAGGGAAGGGGGAGAGGGCAGGACGGAGGAUGCAGGGAUGCGUGGAUGGAAGAGGAAACCCUGAAUGGCGGUGGGGGUGGCCUGGUGGCUGCGCAGGACCGGGGCGUACCACCCGGCCCGCGCUCGGGGGCCGCCUUAGCUGUGCUCCGGGCGGGGCGCCGGGCGCGGGGCGCGGGGCGCGGGAGGGGCGCGGGAGGGGCUCGGGGCCGCGCCGGGCUGAGCCGGGCGGCCGGGCGGGAAGGACGAUGGGUUGCGGGGGCAGCCGCGCCGAUGCCAUCGAGCCCCGCUACUACGAGAGCUGGACCCGGGAGACCGAGUCCACCUGGCUCACCUACACCGACUCGGACGCGCUGCCCAGCGCCGCCGCGCCCGACCCCGGCCCCGACGCGGGCGGCCUGCACGCGGGUGCGCUGGAAGAUGGACUGGCCUCCAGCGGCGCGCCCCGCUCUGCAGCCCCCGGGGCCAUCUCCGGCUCAGAGAAGAGGAUGAGCUGUGGAACACAGUGCCCGCACCCGCAGGGCCUCGGCCCCGGCCUCCGCUCCGCAGAGGUUAAAAGAGACGCUAAGCGAACACCCACAGAAGAAGCCGCCGUUAAUGUAUCCACCAGCAUCCGACCGACAGACAGGAGUCUCAAGCUCACCAAUAACUGUGUCGACUAGCAGGUGUUGGUUGAGAAACACAGACAGACCGGGGUGCCCCUCACAGACUAAAGUGCAUCAAGGAAUCGCCAAGAGCUGGGGGACUCUUCUGCUGCCAGAGGGUCUUCUUCCCCUGGCAGCCCAGAGUGGCCUAUACUGAGGGGUCGCCUCAGCCCCCCACACACCACAUAAAUGCACAGGCACAGCCCUCACUUCGGGUCUCAGGCUGCAGAGGGUCCACGCAUUAGCCUCUUUGCAGCUCCUGCGCCGUGUCCUGGGUGGAGUAGGGCUCAAGGCACAGGCCAGUUUAGGAGCAGCAGGAGAGGAGUUCUUGGGUGCAGGAUUCACACAUCAGUUAUCAGUCCUUGCAGCCAAAUAGGGAGCACAAUUCGGGCCUGGUCGUCCUUCUUGUUGUUUCUCAUUGAAAAAUCCCCAACACAGACUUGACUGUUCACCCAACUUUCAGGUGUAGGAGAAAAAUCAGGACAUGGGGUGGUUCCCUUGUAUUCUCAUUUACUUGGUUCAGUAGGAGACAGUGUUCGACCCAAGUUAACACAAAAAACAUCCUACCCACACCCUUCAUGCGUCCUUGAAGCGGGGGGCAAGGACCAGUCACAUGAUGGGACUGGAGCAGUAGGACAGCAGGGAGGGUGUUUGCCUUGCACACUGCUGACCCGGGUUCAAUCCCUGGCAUCUCAUAUGGUCCCCUCAACACUCCAGGAGUAGUUCUCAAGUGCAGAGCCAGGACUAACCCCUGAGCAUCGCUGGGUGUGACCCAAAAAGCAAAAAUUAAAAAAUAUUAUCAGUCACAUGCAUUUCUCAUCUGCCUCGAUGUUGUUACCAUCCCUGCCCCCCAUGCUUGCGUUCCCCAGGUCACACACUGAGCCAUCACACUAGGGUCCCUUGUGGUCACCAUACCUACCCCAGAAUACCCCUUGGGAGGCUCAAGCAGAUAUUGCUUUCUUGUUCUGUGUCCAUGGCUUUGCGGCUUCAUAUACUGUGUCCUUGAAUGUUUUCUCUGGUCAAUCUGUCAUUUAUAACUGUUUCUCAAAAACUGACCACUGCCCGCAAGAGGGAGGCCAUCCAGCAUCCACGGGGCUGUUCCUGGCUUCUCUGUACAAAGCCUGGGAACUCAGGAAUCCUGAGAGAGUCCCUAGUUUCUCCUGAGAUUCACGUGCUCCCUGCGUGACAUGUGGUGGCAACUGUUUUGUUGGGAAGAUGACAAUUUUCUAACAUUGCUUUGAACCAUGAAGGCAGAAGUACCUCCCUCCGAAGUCAUGUGGCAUGAUUAUGUUUACAUUUUUCUAAAUGUUAACAUGCCUGCAAUUGGGAAGGGUAUCUGGCUUCUGUUGUACAAUUGAUGUCAAUAAAGUUGGUGUUGAACAGAA